AUGUUGAAUGACACGCUAGAGCUGGCUGCAAAUUUUAAUGGACAUAGGAACGAUCAGAGUAUGAAACGAGACUAUACUGGUGGUAACACGACAAUGAUGAUGAUGAAUGAUAAUGGUGAUUUAGACCAAAAAACUGUUUCGGGGAAGAUCCCCCAUAAGAAAACUUCUAUUCAAACAAAAUUGAGCAUGGAACAGAGUAAGACAUUGAACACGUUUAUGAUUAAAAAUUUCAUUAGAGGUAUUAUGUUGAAACAUGUCUAUCUUUUCAUUCCCGAUGAUGUAAGUGGGAUUGUGGAUUUUAAGAAGAACAAUAUUUUGAAAUUAACAUUUAAUCGGGGCAAGACACCUUAUAUUUUUGAGACCAUUUUAAAGAGAGCACAUUCUACAGUUUUACAAUUUAAAAAAGUGUGUUGUAUUAUUAUUAAAUUUUUAGAAUGUUGUAAGAACGAAACAAAUUACAUGAAAUAUUUGAAGUAUGAUCUUCAUCGAUUAAUAGUUGUUGCAUUUGUAUUGAGUGUUCCUAAUGUCAAUAGUAACGAGGGUAACAAGAUCAUGAAUAGAGAGACAUGUUAUAGACUCUAUAGCAAAAUCUCUGGGUUAACCAUUGAAGAAAUCACAAACUGUUGCUCAAUAGUGAGACCAGUUCUUAUUAGACGGAGUAGAAAACAAAGAGGACUUAGUCGGUCUCCAAUAAAUGAUCAAAUGAAUGACAAUAAUAACAAUGACAAUAACGGUAAUAACGUGACUGUUACAUCUCCCCACAAUGACGAUCCUAGCAAUAUGAUGGAAGGGGAUGUGAAUAUGGCCCGUUUUAAUAGCACUGAUUCCCCUUAUGAUAUAGACGAGAAUUUGAUGAGUUAUAACCGAUUUUUAUCUGUAGCUCAAAGAAGUAUCGAUGUUCAUAGUGCUAAUUAUAACAUAGGUACAAAUUUGCCACCUUUAAAUGAUGAUGAAAGUGUACAAAGUCACAGUUCAUAUUCACACUCUUCAGAAUCUCCUUCAUUCCAACCUACAUUAAUUAACGAUGUCCGAUAUAGCAUCUCAUCGUUGCAUGAACUGAAUCAAAUUAAUGGUUCAGGUAGAAGACUGCACCAUAAUGUUCAUUUUCGGAAAAACGAUAGUAUUAAGGACAAUUCUCCAUUGAGUAAUGGAUAUAUUUUGAACACGGAAAUUGAACAGUUUAAUGAAAUGGGUAAAAACCUAGUCUUGGAAAACUUCACAAUAGUGUAA